AGCGGAACGAGCGGUUAUCGUCCGCGCAACUCAUGUGGAAGAAAGCGGCGUGGCAUGAGACGUUAAACGUCAUAUAAAUUUUACUGUAGGCAUAUUAAUGUCGUUACGUGAAAUUGAUUUGCAAGCAGAAACAUAUUAUGAUUGUGAAAAUGGGGUUUACGAUUUAUUUACACACCACGAUAUCGACUUGAAACACAACAAACUAUCACUGUACCGUUGUUGGCGCGAAGCAGCAGAAUAAAUUGUAUAAGGUACUAGCGUUCACACACCACACGGUAAAUUAAUUUACAAGACGUUUAUUGUGAGUAUUUAUACGGCGCAUUUGUAAAGUGUACCUAUAGUAAUCGGAAGUAAUGCUUCAAUUUGUUACGAAAGCUUCUAAAACAUUGGCGAUUUAUAAUACUUACGAAAUUAAAUGUACUAGCAGUAGUAUAUGUAGAACAUUUUAUCAUUCUUUAGUUUUUUGGUUAAUUGUGAGCUUGGAGGAGAUAUCAUAUCACCUCACCUGUAAUUGUAUGAUUAUGGAAUUAGGGCUUACUCGUUGCGGCAUGUCUAUCACCUUGCAGCAGCGUGCAGUUUUAGCUUUAUGAAGCCGCACAAAUAAUACAGUUGCUUUCGAUUACGGCUGCAAUAAAUGCGAAGGGCAAAAGUAAUUAGUCAAAGGCCAUUGACACCAAUUAACGCAAAACAAAGCGCAGUGAAACUCUUUAAGACGAUUACCAAAUCAAACUCGAUCAAAUUGAAAACGAAAUUCUACGCAAUGCCGGAAGGUCAAAGAAAUCCAAUCUCAACCCUUCCAAUGACAACCGCAAUUAACCAGAUGCAGAGGUUGAUAAAAGUGUGAUUGCUAAUUAAAGUUGACACAGAAACACCAAUGGUGAAUUCAAAAUCUUCAUUUAUUCCGUCACGGCUGGGCUCUUGCAUUUAAGUUUAAAUGAUUGACUCUGUUUCAAUUUAGCUCAACAAGAAUGCAGCGGUUGAACGAAUUGCAACAAGAUUAUUUGAUUGUGAGAAAAUUUUAUGCUUUCCACAUUCCGAUAUCUGUAGCCGAGAAAACUGUUAGUGUGUUAUUUAAAGCCGUAGAGGGAAGUCCUGUGAUGAAUAAAACGCGUCAGGGCCGAAUGAACCAACUGGGUGGGGUUUUUAUUAAUGGGAGACCUUUGCCCAACCAUAUCCGGCUGAAAAUCGUGGAGAUGGCCGCGGCGGGCGUUAGGCCCUGCGUCAUCUCACGUCAACUACGGGUCUCGCACGGCUGCGUCUCCAAGAUCCUCAAUAGAUAUCAGGAAACUGGUUCAAUCCGCCCUGGUGUGAUCGGAGGAUCUAAACCGAGAGUGGCGACGCCUGAAGUUGAAAACAGGAUCGAAGAACUGAAGAGACAAAACCCAGGUAUAUUUUCCUGGGAAAUUAGAGAUAAACUUAUAAAAGAAGGAAUCUGUGAUAAAAACACUGCACCGUCAGUCAGUUCCAUAUCGAGGCUAAUAAGAGGAGGCAAAAGGGAUGAAUCAGAUCCUAGGAGAAAUCACAGCAUUGAUGGUAUUCUAGGACCCUCUUCUUGCGAAGACUCUGACACUGAAUCGGAACCUGGAAUUACGUUAAAAAGGAAGCAACGCCGAUCUCGAACAACUUUUUCUGGUGAUCAGCUCGAAGCCUUGGAGAGAGCGUUCACAAGGACCCAGUACCCUGACGUUUACACCAGGGAAGAGCUUGCUCAGAAGACCAAAUUAACUGAAGCCAGAGUUCAGGUAUGGUUUUCGAACAGAAGAGCUCGUCUACGCAAGCAACUUAACUCUCAACAACUCAGUGCCUUUAAUACGAUGUCCUUACAAUCCGCUUUCCCGUCAGUCCACCAGCAAUACGAGCCUCCAAGUAGUUUCAACGCUCAGUGCGCUUCUUGGCAGCAGUCAUAUUCCUCCGCACUAGGAUCAAGCUCCGUUCUGAACCCCGCCUUGGCUCCAUCUUUGCAUCAAUCAGCGUUAACGCCGUCAGUUUGUCAGUCAGCAUUAGCUGCUUCGUCCUUACACCCUCCUACCUCCAGUUCAUUCACAUCAGGAAACCUGACUCCGCUUUCCCACUCCUCCGAACUUGCCACGCCUCUUCAAGUAGCAGCCGAUGCUACACCUCCCAGUUCGAGUCCCACUGCUUCUAGUCCGUCAGUUAACCAGAGUGCUGGGAUAACCUACCAACACCCCACAUAUGCGAGUCCGAGCGACCCUGUAUCCCACCCUUAUGGCUACGGGGACUAUGCGAAACAAGAUCAUGCCAUGUCCGCACAUAAUCACUGGACCUCGAGACAGCUCAGCGGACAUGCCUCGAACAAAUUAGCCGAAGUCGGUGCAUGGCCAGAAAAUUAUAGUUCAUUCUUCGGCACGAACGCUCACUACGCGUCGCACGCGCACUCGCCCGGCGAAGCCAAGUCCGGGUACCCGUACUUAGGACAACUCGGCGGCAUGGAUAUGGGCAGAGUUCAUUAACCUUGUUUAAAAAUAUUGAACAAGACGUAUCUGAAAAAAAAAACAUUAAUUGGAAAAAUGAAUGAAUUUAUUCUUGAAGUAAUAAUACACCUCCAAAAUGUUGGUGCAUUUUUCCCCACGAAUAUAUUCUGAAUGUCUUUAUCCUGUGCUAUUUUGAAAAUAUGACUACGAAAAACAUAUCAAUAGUGCCUUGGUAAUCUGUUAAACUAAGUUAUCCUUUAAAACAUUGUGAGACUAAAUUAGCCUUACUGUAUAAAUUGUAUUAUAUUUACAGCUUUAUCUAGGUUAAGAUAGAAUUAAUAAAUUAAUUUUUCAUUUAGUUAAGGAGUUUUGGAGUUCCUCAUUAAUUCGAACUGACAAUAUUCUUCUCAGUUCUAAGAUGUAAAUAUUAACUAUACAGUUCGGCACACAUAUUGUUAAUAUCUCUUGUAUAAUUUCUACUAGUAUUCGUAGAUUAAAUAAAAUGUUGUUAAAUAUAUAAAUAAGUUGUUGAAUAUUAGUUAAGUAUGUCAUUUAUGAGUGAUUUUUGUGUACUGUACCUAUAUCAAAUCUAUUUACCUAUAUUACUAAAUCACGCUUCAAUAAACACGAUUGUUCCCACAAAAUGCCUUAUACUAAAUUGUAAUUAGACAUUUUACAUUAAAUAAUGACGAAUGUAUUUAUUUUAUAGGAGUUUUAUCAUAUAUGUAUAUAGAAUUAAGCACCCCUGUAAUAAUAAUUACUUAACUGAAAAUAAAUGAAUCCUAAUGCAAUGAAAAA